UUUCUCCGACUUUUAUCCCGUCUCAUUCGAUGGUUGAAGCUCUUUUCUCGGUUAUUUUCUUUUCUUUAACCAUAUCCCCCUCACUGUUUCUAGAGAAACAAGCACUUUACCUUUAUAGAAAGGAGUCUCGCCUCUGGGAAACCAGUUGGAGCUCGAUUGGAUUGAGACUUUCGGUAUCCUCGGCGAUUUUUGGCUUUCUUCAUAUUAAGAUUCGUAGUUAGGGCUUCGUACCAGUUGAUCAUCGUGGCCGUCGGUGAUCUCUCCAUGGGGAAGGGAGGAGAAGAUUAUGGCAAGAGAGAAAUCGUCAGCCCUAAGCCCUCCGAUCGAGAGGUAUUCCCGGCCUGGUCUAAACAGAUUUCGGAAUGCGAGGAGCACUACAAAGUGAAGAAGGGAUCUGGACUAGGGUCCAUCGAUGUGGAGAGGCGGCGCAAGAUCUACGGCUACAACGAGCUGGAGAAGCACGAGGGCCAGUCGAUUUGGUCCCUGGUUGUAGAGCAGUUCAAAGAUACUCUGGUCCGAAUCCUGCUUGUCGCGGCUGUCGUUUCCUUCGUCCUCGCCUUGUACGAUGGCGAGGAGGGUGGCGAGAUGGAGAUCACUGCCUUCGUGGAGCCACUGGUAAUUUUCCUGAUCCUGAUUGUUAACGCAAUCGUUGGAGUUUGGCAGGAAAGCAAUGCCGAGAAGGCUCUCGAAGCCCUCAAGGAGAUUCAAUCUGAGCACGCUACGGUUAUUCGCGAUGGUGAGAAGCUCUCCAAUUUGCCUGCAAAGGAGCUCGUUCCCGGCGACAUCGUUGAGCUUAGGGUUGGGGAUAAGGUCCCCGCUGAUAUGCGCGUCUUGGAAUUGAUUAGCUCGACGUUGAGGGUUGAGCAGGGGUCACUGACUGGAGAGAGUGAAGCUGUGAAUAAGACCAAUAAGGCGGUUCAGGAGGACGCUGAUAUUCAGGGGAAACGGUCUAUGGUUUUUGCGGGGACGACUAUUGUGAAUGGGAAUUGUAUUUGCUUGGUUACUCAGACGGGUAUGGAGACAGAGAUUGGGAAGGUGCAUGAGCAAAUUCACGAGGCUGCGCAGAGCGAGGAAGAUACGCCUUUGAAGAAGAAGCUGAAUGAGUUUGGCGAGGCGCUGACGAUGAUAAUUGGAGUAAUAUGCGCAGUUGUGUGGCUCAUCAAUGUGAAGUACUUUCUUACUUGGGAGUCUGUGGAUGGGUGGCCUAGGAAUUUCAAGUUUUCCUUCGAGAAGUGCACGUAUUACUUUGAGAUUGCGGUGGCAUUAGCCGUGGCUGCCAUUCCCGAAGGUUUACCGGCUGUUAUUACGACGUGCUUGGCGCUUGGUACGCGUGAAAUGGCUAAGAAGAAUGCCCUUGUGCGGAAGCUGCCGAGCGUUGAAACUCUGGGUUGUACAACUGUGAUUUGUUCGGAUAAAACCGGUACACUGACUACGAACCAGAUGGCUGUGGCGAAGCUUGUGGCAAUGGGAAGUAGUGUUGAUCGGCUACGAACUUUCAAGGUUGAUGGGACGACAUAUAAUCCAUCGGACGGUAAAAUAAAUGACUGGCCAAUGGGACGUAUGGAUGCUAAUCUUCAAAUGAUUGCAAAGAUAGCUGCCGUCUGCAAUGAUGCCGGAGUUGCUCAUUCAGAGAAUAAGUACGUAGCCAAUGGAAUGCCUACUGAAGCAGCUCUAAAGGUUUUAGUCGAGAAGAUGGGCCUCCCUGAAGGAUUCAACCAUGAAUCAACGAGCAGGAGCGCUUUACUGCGCUACUGCGAACUGUGGAACGAGUAUGAACAUCGGAUUGCUACUCUUGAGUUUGAUCGUGGUAGGAAGUCCAUGGGUGUAAUUGUGAACUCAAAGUCAGGGAAGAAGUCAUUGCUAGUAAAGGGUGCUGUAGAGAAUGUAUUAGAGAGGAGCACAAAGAUUCAGUUGCUUGAUGGUUCUGUUUUACCGCUGGAUCAGAAUAUAAAGAAACUCAUCUUAGACUAUCUUCAGGAAAUGUCUACUGGUGCACUGCGCUGCCUUGGUUUUGCAUACAAAGAUGAUUUCCGUGAGUUUGAAACCUAUGAUGGCAAUGAAGAUCAUCAUGCUCAUGCGCUUUUACUUAAUCCUUGCAAUUAUUCAUCAAUUGAGAGUGACCUCAUUUUUGUUGGCUUGGUUGGACUGAGGGAUCCUCCCCGGGAAGAGGUUUCCGACGCAAUUAAAGACUGUAGAGCAGCUGGGAUACGUGUUAUGGUUAUCACCGGUGAUAAUAAGAAUACAGCAGAAGCAAUAUGUCGUGAAAUAGGUGUAUUUGGAACUAAUGAAGAUAUAAGUUCAAAGAGUAUUACAGGAAAAGAGUUUAUGGAACUAAGUGAUCAAAAAGCCCAUCUACGACAGAAUGGUGGGCUCCUGUUUUCUAGGGCUGAACCAAGGCACAAGCAAGAAAUUGUGAGGUUGCUGAAAGAGGAGGGCGAGGUGGUUGCCAUGACUGGUGAUGGAGUGAAUGACGCACCUGCCUUGAAACUUGCUGAUAUUGGGAUUGCAAUGGGCAUUGCUGGAACAGAGGUUGCAAAAGAAGCUUCAGACAUGGUGUUGGCAGAUGAUAAUUUCAGUACAAUUGUUGCUGCUGUUGGUGAAGGCAGAUCCAUCUACAACAACAUGAAGGCUUUUAUCAGGUACAUGAUUUCGUCGAAUAUGGGUGAGGUCGCCUCCAUCUUUCUAACUGCAGCUUUAGGUAUUCCUGAAGGUCUGAUACCUGUCCAACUUCUGUGGGUUAAUCUUGUUACCGACGGACCACCUGCAACUGCUUUGGGAUUCAAUCCUCCAGAUACAGACAUAAUGAAGAAGCCACCUCGUAGAAGCGAUGACUCACUAAUUAAUGCUUGGAUUUUAUUCCGCUAUCUGGUUAUCGGGCUGUAUGUUGGAUUAGCAACCGUUGGUGUAUUUAUCAUUUGGUAUACCCAUAGUUCCUUCCUGGGCAUCGACCUCAGUGGAGAUGGUCACACCCUUGUCACAUAUUCCCAACUUUCCAACUGGGGGCAGUGCUCAACCUGGAACAACUUUACUGCUUCACCCUUCACAGUAGGCAGUCGGGUGAUCACUUUUGAUAGCCCUUGUGAUUAUUUCCAUGGUGGUAAAGUGAAAGCCAUGACACUCUCACUCUCAGUGUUGGUCGCCAUUGAAAUGUUCAACUCCUUAAAUGCCCUUUCUGAGGAUGGAAGCCUCUUAACGAUGCCCCCGUGGGUGAACCCAUGGCUGCUUUUGGCCAUGUCUGUUUCAUUUGGCCUGCACUUCUUGAUCCUCUAUGUGCCAUUCCUGGCAGGAGUAUUUGGCAUCGUGCCCCUCAGCUUCAAUGAAUGGCUCUUGGUUUUGGUUGUUGCAUUACCCGUGAUUCUGAUUGACGAGAUUCUAAAGUUUGUCGGGAGGCAUACAAAUGGAUCUCAAGCAUCUAGUAGAAGAAGAAAACCAAAGUCAGAGUAAAGAGGUCUUGUUGAGAAGUAGUUCCUAAAAUAGCCUCUAUUGGUCGGUGUUCUCGACAUGGUUGCUUCAUUACAGCAGCGCAUAUGCGCAAUAUAUGUGAUAUUCUUAGGCUUCUCCAUCUGCCUCUCAAUCGUUUCUCCGAUGCCAAAAGAAAACGCAUCUCUAAAGCGGUAUUAUUCAGCUUCUUUUGCUCUCUGAGCUGUAAUCCUCAACCUCAUUUCUCAAUGAGAAAUGGUCUGGCACUUUUAAGAACUGGCUAUUAUAUUUUGCUACUCUUUUUAA